CUUUAACUUGCAUUAACUUGCCGGCUAUCGAACGCGACAGUCCACUACGUUUUUACUUUUCCACAACCGGUGUUGUUAAUAAUAUCUCUUCUAAAUACAUUCCUUUUUCAGGUGAUCAUUUACACACGCAAACAUGUCGCAACAACAAUAUUAUCCGUACAAAUGUACGCCUACAGUGUAUCCCGCAGAGCCGUUUGAUGCCAACGCGGAUGCUGCGAUGUUGCGUAAAGCAAUGAAAGGUUUUGGUACGGAUGAGAAGACUAUCAUUGACGUCCUCACGAAAAGAGGAAUUGUUCAAAGAUUGGAAAUCGCUGAAGCGUAUAAAACUUUGUACGGAAAGGAUUUGGUCAGCGAUUUGAAGAGUGAAUUAACAGGGAAACUGGAGGAUGUGAUCAUUUCUCUUAUGACUCCGCUACCUCAUUAUUAUGCGAAGGAGCUACACGAUGCUAUCAGUGGAUUAGGAACGGACGAAGAGGCGAUUGUUGAAAUUCUGUGUACUUUAAGUAACUAUGGUAUACGCACAAUCGCAGCAUUUUAUGAAAAUUUGUAUGGAAAGACUCUUGAAAGUGAAUUGAAGAGUGACACUUCAGGACACUUUAAGAGAUUGCUGGUCUCUCUUGUUCAAGCGAACAGGGAUGAAAACCAAGGGAUAGAUCAAGCUCAAGCUGCGGCAGACGCUCAGGCACUUUACGAUGCUGGUGAGAAACAAUGGGGCACAGACGAAUCACAAUUUAACGCUAUUUUAGUAACACGUAGUUACCAACAAUUGAGGCAGACUUUUAUUGAAUAUGAAAAAAUAUCUGGCCAUGAUAUCGAAGUUGCUAUUAAGAAAGAGUUUUCAGGAAGCCUUGAAAAAGGCCUUCUUGGAAUAGUGAAAUGCGUGAAAUCGAAAGUUGGUUUCUUUGCUGAGCGAUUAUAUGCUAGCAUGCAUGGCAUUGGCACGAAGGAUCGAACAUUAAUUCGUAUUAUCGUUUCUCGAAGUGAGAUCGAUCUGGGUGAUAUCAAGAAAGCUUUUGAAGAACGAUAUGGAAAAUCUUUGGAAAGUUGGAUCGCUGGUGACACAUCUGGGGACUACAAGAAAGCUUUGCUUUCGCUCGUUUCUACAUAAUGGAUGGAGAUCUCUAUAAUAAAUUCCGAAGUUGCAACACUUUGUGGCACAAAGACAGUAGGUGUGUCUUUAAUAUGUUGGAGUAACACGUUUGCUUAAAAUGCUUACACCAGUUUUAUUAACUAAAUAUAUGGGCAUAAAGGAUUGUGCAUCUUAUUAUACACUAUACGCGCUCUCGAAAUUUUGUAAGAGCUGGAACGGUACUAUGAUCUGUUUUUUACAAGCUAAAAUUUAUUUCUAUAUUUUU